AUGCAGACAGAAAAUGCGAGCGCGCUUCACGUCCCGGUCAUGGCUGACACUGUUUUGAAAUACAUUGAACCAAAACCGAAACAGACUUUUGUUGACAUGACGUUCGGUGCCGGCGGUCACGCGACAAGGAUUUUAGACUCUGUCCCAGACUCAAAGGUAUUCGCACUAGAUCGUGACCCGGCGGCUCAUGAAUUGGCCCACGAAUUGGCGGCUAAGUAUCCAGGCAGAGUUAUUCCUCUACUAGGCAGGUUUUCCGAACUACCCAACCUCUUCAGAGAGCUUAAAGUCAGGCAGGGAACUAUUGACGGUAUUUUGUUCGACUUUGGCUGUUCGUCGAUGCAGUUCGACGUUGCCAACAGAGGGUUUUCAGUGUCCAAGGAUGGGCCGCUGGACAUGAGAAUGGACGGUUUCAGGUGUCCGGAACAACCAACAGUGGCUGACGUUCUCGCCAGAGCGGACGAAGAGGAUUUAGCUAGGAUAAUAAAAGUUUACGGGGAGGAAAAGCAGGCAAAGAAAAUAGCCAGGGCUAUAAUUGAAGUUCGGUAUUCUUUCAAGAAGCUUGAAACUACACGCGAACUUGCUCAGCUUGUCGAUUCGGCACUUGGCAGUGUACCGAGACAAGACAUGCUGGGCAGGUACACCAGCAACGCGACUAAGACCUUCCAGGCUUUCAGGAUAUUUGUUAAUAACGAAUUGAAUGAAAUCAAUUACGGAAUGUUCGUUGCCGAAAGGUAUCUCAAACCUGGAGGUAGGCUUCUUACCAUUGCUUUUCACUCCCUCGAAGAUACAAUCGUAAAGAGACAUAUUUCUGGUAAUAUUUCUGGUGACGUGGCCAAUACCCUGCCGCUUAAGUACGUCAGUUACGGCAUGUGUCACGAAAAAUACGAGGUUGAAUCCCUGAUGCAAAGCCCUUGGGAAAUGCUCCAUAAGCAUGUCAUCACUCCGACCAUCGACGAGGUCGAAUCCAAUCCUCGUUCUAGAUCCGCCAAGUUCAGAGCCGCAAUUUGUAUGAAGUAAAGUAUCGCCGUCGCGAUAAUAGCUGUAUUGUAAACGUUUCAUUGUAAAUAAAAAACACACUCAACUCAAA